GUUGUUGUCGUGUUCCUGCGUGAAGGCUCAGCUUCACACCCAUGGCUGCUCUUCUCUCUUUUCGACCCACCUGCCUCCAUCAAUCCACCCCCAAGAUGACCAUACAGCCCUUUGCUGUCCUCAAAGAUGCUCAGAAAAUGAGAGUGCCAUAUGAGCUGAAGGAAGGGCAGAGCCGGCUUUUCCACAAGCUUCCCUCUGGUCUGGACAUGGAGGUUAUUGUUCAAAGAGCCCCUAAAGAGAAAGACCCAGAUGAGCAAAACCAACCUUUGGUUUUUGUUCAUGGAAGCUACCACGCAGCCUGGUGCUGGGCCGAGCACUGGUUGCCCUUCUUUUCUGUUUCUGGGUUUGAUUGCUAUGCCAUUAGCUUGUUAGGUCAGGUGAUGAUUACGUAUCUUAUCCUUUAAAUUAUCUUUUCUUAUCUUAAAGUGUUGAAAUUUACUUAUGAUUAACAACAUAAGAAGUGGAGAGACUGACACUCCUUUCCUGUGUAUUCCGUUCGUUUCUUCUUUUCACUGUUAAUGAGUGUAUGCUUUAGAUGGAGCUUGGAGCUUGGAACUUGGAACUUGUAAAGGGAAAGGAGACAGAAAAAAGAGAAAAUCUAAACUUUAUACUAUUGGGAUCUGAUUACUAACUCAAUGAAAAGAAACAGCUAAUAUCAUGUUCAUUUGCAUUGAUAUGGGCUUAUGAACAUGACUCAUAAGAAGGGAAAAGAAGGAAAAAGGACUCAGCCAGCUUAAAGUUUCUUGGCUUGCUUGAGAUAAUGUUGGUCGGUGGCAAUUUUUUCUUUAACCAAAAAAAAAAAAAACCAUGUAAGAUUAGGAUUAAAAAGUCUUGUUAUUCCACUAUGAAAAGCCUUAUCCUUAUCCUCUUUUAGUACUGUAAUUAGACAGUUAAGUUUUGACAUCAAGCUACAAUUGAGUGAUUGAGGAAAGAACCCAUAUUCAAAUGAUUCUGUUAUAGUCAUGAAAAUAGAGCUUUCAUGUUGCUGAUUUGUACUCAUAUAUAAAGAUCUUUCGUUCUGUGAAAUAAAUUGAAAGUUGAAGCUCUUUUUAAACCAGUUUUGUUAUAUAGUAGCAGAUGUCAUAGUAUUUUAAUAAAUCAAUGUCUUCUCAACCUUUCUUGGUGCUGAUUUCGAGUGUACAACUAUUGAGUCUUUUCAAAUUCACUUGCCUUGACUAAUUUUUGUAAAUAUCAUGUUGGUUUGGAAUACUGUAUCUACAUGGACAGGGUGAGAGUGAUUCACCAACUGGUAGUGUUGCUGGUUCUCUGCAGGUUAAAAUCUUUUUCCAUUCUUUAAUCAAGUUGUCCUUCUUUCACUCUUGCACUGUAAAUAAUGCAAUAUGUUUUCCUUCUUUCACUUCUAAUUUCUAAAUAAAGGGGUUGUCUAACC